AUUAAAAUAAUAAAGAAAAAAGAGAAUCACAGUCUUCGUAUUCGUUUCCUUGAAGAAUGUCUUAAAUCAAACAUAAUUCCGAAAUUUCUUAAGUUUCGUAUCCCCGAAAAUGGUUGUUUUGACGACAAAGCUGUAUUGGAAUUUCAACUGAAAUUGCUUAGAAAGGAGUUAUAUAACGCUAAGAAAGAUUUGUUAUCGGCGGAAGAGAAACUACAUGAAAAUCGGGAGAUAUUAAAAAUUAAAUCAUAUCGUAUCAUACCAUCAAUUAUAUUCCAUACUAGACUCGAAAUUCGACAGUUCAGAAGUACACAUGCAGAUACGCUGAAUAAGAAAUUGAACAAACUGUCAGAUGAGCAAGGAAAACCGUUAUUUAAUGUGACAAACACAGUAAUUUGCUAUGAAUUAACGGAGAGACUCCCAAAAUAUGUUAUGGAAACAUUAGCCUUGGGUCCAAGAAACCCCAUCAUAGAGAAGUUCAACAAAAAUGAUGUGUUAACUGGUUUAGAUGAUUUGAUUAGAUUUUGCAAAGAUAAAAAGAUUAACGACGAGCUAAUCACUGACAUAAAUGUUAAGACUUUGGCAUACGUUAAGAAAUGCAAUAAGCAAAAACCAUCUAAAAACAUUCAAAUGACAAAAAAGUAUCUAAAACUCAACAACUUGAUAGCAGUUCCCUUCGACAAGGGCAUCGGCAUUUGUGUUAUGAAAGUUGAAAGUUAUAACAACAAAAUGAACGACAUCAUUGGUUUACCCCAAUUUAAUAAACUUACAUCUAAAAGGAAAAAUGAGAAGAACCCUGUGUUCAAAGAAGAAGAAAGAAUUACAUCUGUCCUGAAAGAGUUAAAAGUGAAGGGAAAAAUCAGUGAACAGCUUUAUGAUAAACUAAAGCCAAUAGGAAGUCAACCACCUAGAAUCUACGGACUUGCUAAAGUACACAAAAAUAACACACCAAUGAGACCAGUUUUAUCGAUGCCAGGUUCUCCAUAUUACAAACUAGCAAACCAGGUAGCAAAGUGGCUGUCAGUAGUAGAUGAAUGCAACAUCAAUUCUUCCACGAAACAAAUAUCCGAUCUAAUUACACAUCUCCAACUUGCAGAAAAUGAGGAACUUGAUAGCUGCACAACCGUUUCAUAUCGGCAACCGGAAUACGAAAAGUUCAUGCUCGAGCUUUCAAAAUGUGAAAUAGGGACCUAAUGCACGAAACUUUUAUUUUUUAAUCAAUACAAGAGACAAAAACUGUUGUAAAUUGAUGUAAUAACACUUGUCAAAUAUUGAUAAUAAUCUUGUCAAAUUUGAGAAUUACUGUCAAAUUUGACAGCAAUAUUAUUAAAACAUUCGGCCGUAAGCCGAAACAAAAAUGAUUUUUAAUAUGUUGGCCAACAUAUUACGCAAAAAUAUAAGGUGGCCAAUAUAUCUAAGAGAAAAAAUAAGUUGUGCUAUAUGUAAAGCAAUAUAUAUAAUUAAAAACUACUGUAAAGUAUAUAUCCGACUUUAAAUAAAUUAAACAAACUAAAUUAUAUAAGGGAAAAUACAGUUGCCACAGUGCUUUCUCAUGUUAAAAUAAAAACGAGUUUCCAAUCCCGAUGUUAUCAGAUAUUACCGCCUGAAUCCUUUUAUAAAACAUCCCGUAUAAAAAUCAGGGUGAUUAGGGUGAUUAUGAGUAGUGGCAACCUCGUCCCCAGGGCAUCCCGGGGUCAGAAAAGAUACAAGAUGGCCUUGGGACGAGGUUAGAGUAGUCCUUGAAAGAGGACAUUUCUUAGUGAAAAUGUACGGAGAAGAAAUAUCCCUUAUGUUUAAGGUUGCUACAGUGAAAAACCAUCGAAAUUUUCAUUUGGUUAAAAACUUUUCAGGGAAUUAUAUUUUUGCGCACGUUAAUCUUUAUUCCUUUUUAACCUGCUGGAUGAUAAAUUUAAAUAAAAUGCCUUUUUGACCUUAUUGUUUUUAAAUGGCGUGAUUUUUAUGUAAAAUCAAUGACGAAGAAAGAUAUCGCGCAAGAUAAUUCCUUGUUCUGGCCCUACGGUUGAAAUACAAAAAGUAUGUAUGGAAGACACCACUAGUAUGAUGGAACGGUUCUUUGAAAUAAAAAAAAUAUUAUGACUUAAAGGUUUUAGUACAAAUGUAUAUUGGAAAUUCAAAUUGACAGAAGAAAUUGGUAAGUAGCACUUGUUAUUUGAAAUUUCAAUCUGGCUUACUCUCCAUAGACAAAAUAAUUAAAGUAUUAGCAUAAUUCAAUUAGUUUCUUUCCCAAUCAGAGUGUUGGUUUCAAAGCUUCACCCAAAUUUUCAUUUUGCUUAUGGUAAGGGAAGUCCAAAAGACAGAAAAUCCAAAAUACAGAAAACUUAUAAAGUUUCGAAUAUUUUUGUCCAGGUAACAAUGAAUAGGUUAAUAAGAGAGAAUUUGAGAAUCCGAAAUCUUGUGAAAACAAAUCUGAAAGUCAGGGGCGGAUACAUACCACGUCAAAGACGUUAAGUGACGAAGGUACAUUGUCCUGUAUAACGGACCAUGUCAAUCGAGAGGGCACAGUAGUGCGUAAAGUUCUUUUUAUGUAAAAAACGUGCGCAGACAAGCGGGAGUUAUUAUAAAAUAGGGGACCGACAGCUCAGGGUGCUGCAGGGCCAGGUCUGGGCGUUGUAUCUAUUUCAAUUUGCAUGCUGCGUGAUUAUUUUGACGAAUAUAGCCUGUGGUAGUGUUUAAGCGGUAGUGUUUGAUUUUCGAUUGUUUUUCGAUUGGUUGUCCCUACUCUCCGGUGAAGGAUUCCAAGUAUCGUAUGUAGAGAACGGAUGUGUGUGGGUAACUUCUGAAGUUUUGUUAAUUUGAUUUCCAAUUUAUCUGUAAUCCUUGUAGCGGAAAUCCCCUCGUUUAGAUUUUGCAAUGAAGGCUUCAUACACUAUUGAUUGUUUUAGUAAAGAAGUGGUAAGAUUUGUGUAUGUCUAAAGAAAUUUUAAAACACAUGAUAAACAUUUUUUUUAUUCAUUAUUUUCAAUAUACACAGUCAAAUAGAAAUAGGCCUUCAAGAAGAGUCAAAUAAACCGAUGCUAACAUCUUGUGGUAUUUUAUCAUAAGUAAGUUUAUCAAACUUAAAUAGGAUACUUCCGUGUGUCUGUCUGUGACUUUUGCAAAGUGGGUUUUCUUUUUCGUACUUCUCUUUAACAAAGUCUAUACCACACCACCUCUAAAAUUCUUUUGCAAUCUACCGAUUUUUACGUUAAAACGAUAUCGACAUCAGAGAAAAGUAUUAAGGUUAGUGAAGGCAUUGUAUUGCACUGUUAAGUUUUAGAAGUAACCGACUGGGUAAAGGGACUACCUAAAACUAACUAAGGACUAAUUUUCUUAAUCUGAGUCAACCCACCUGAUUCAGAACAGGCCUGCCUAAUGACUUCAUCUAUUUAAUCACCAUAUGGAAUGUCUCUUCCCGUUCGUCGAAACACAAAUUUGUAUAUAUUUUCUUGAUCAGUCA